CCGAAUUACAUACAUGGUUAGCGAGCUGUAGCCUGCGCUGACGUGCUACCUGCAUACUCUGAAGAGACCUGCUACGUGUCGAAGCCCACCACGAGUCUUAAACUUGCACCUGCACAGCUGGAGGCGCGACUGCUUGAUUUCAGUCGUGGAGUGGCGCUGAAAGAAGGGCGCCAGAGACCAACAAGUUUCUUGUAGUUACCAGCGCUUCGCCGAUCGCCGAUCGCGAAUACCUUCUCGGUUAACAACGCAUUCUGUCAACCACCCGUCAGUCUCACUCUGGUGACUGGCACGAGUACAAACAUGUCGACGCCUCUAACGUCUGAGGAGGAGCAGGAAUAUACAAGAAUCAUCGAUGGUAUUCUUGCGACAGCCAAUCUCGAGACUAUAUCUCGCAAGAAAAUUCGGCAAGGACUAGAAAAAGCUCUCGGUGGCAAAGACCUUAGAGAUCAAAAGACUGCCAUCAAAGUCCUGAUUGAGCAACGUUUCGAUGCCAUCUCUACUGAACCAGCCGAGGCCGAGGUGGAUGCGACCGACCUUCCGCAGGCCACAAGUGGCUCGCCUGAUCCGCAGCCAAAGAGACACGCAAAUGGCUAUGACGAGGAUGAUGUAGAUGCCAAGAAUGAAGUAGACGGUGAUGAAAUACGGGUCUCGACUCAGCCGCCCAAGAAGAAGCAGAGGAAGAGUGAGGAUACCGAGGACGCCGAUGCCAAACUGGCCGCUAUGCUGCAAGCGCAGGAGAAUCGUCUUGGUCGCUCAACGAGGGGUGGAGGUACCAAAACAAAAACAGCCAAGAAGAAGGCUACGCCUCGAAAGAAGAGCUCCAACAAGGUCCGCCCUGAAGACGACAGCGACCUGUCUGCAAGUGAUGGGUCGGGCCCUAAAAAGCGCAAGGCGGGAGGCGGCUUCCAGAAACCUUUCAACUUGAGUGAACCUCUGGCUGAAGUGUGCGGUGUGGCUACACUAUCACGUCCUCAGGUCGUCAAGAAGUUGUGGGAGCAUAUCAAGGAAAACAACCUACAGGACCCGAAGGAUAAGCGUCAGAUUCUGUGUGAUGAGAAGAUGCAAGCUGUAUUCAAGCAGGCCAAGGUUGACAUGUUCCAGAUGAACCGAAUAGUUGGUGAUCAUCUAUAUCCGGUUGAAGAACCACAGUAAAUGAAUCCGUCGACAAUUUAUUUUGAACUAGGAGUACCCUAACGCGGUCAUUUGGUGGUUACCAAAGGCAGUCGAUCAUAGCAUUUGGAACAUUGGAGCUUCAGGCAUUGGGUCUAAGAU